AUGGACCCAUCAAACAAGGAAGACGGCAUCGAGCCAUUGUACUUGGAACAGUGCAUGUUCCCCUUCCUCAACACCUCGUUCGAGGGCAGCAAAGGGAGCGAGGAAUUGAUUUCGAUACAUUUGGAAGAUAAGCUUAUUGAAUUUUGUGAGCGCAAUCGCGUUACGCUUUCUCAGAUUUUCCAGGUCGCCUGGAUUGUUCAUUGCUCUGAGUCGAUUAAAGUCAUCGUCGAGGUUCGCGGGGAUCAUGGGACAUGUUCGGCGGGGCUCCGAUACUCCGAAUGUCUUCUAAACGAGGAACAGGCAAUGAAUGUUGCUAGCCUUCUUCAACAUGUCCUUAGCUGUUUGAUCAAAGUUCGUGCUUGGCAGGACAUGGAACUUGCCUCGCCACGAUCAAUGGACCAGCUCUCCAAGUGGAACUCAUCUCUUCCAAAUCGUGUGGAUGCUUGCGUACAUUGGUCAAUACUUGACCGAUGCAAGACCCAACCAAAGUCCACCGCGGUUUGUGCAUGGGAUGGCGAGCUCAGUUUUGCUGAUUUGGAUUCACUCUCUUCGAGUGUGGCACAACAUCUGAUUCAGUGUGGGGUCGGCCCUGAAAAAUUCGUCGCUGUAUACUUCGAGAAGUCACGCUGGACUACGAUAGCCCUUUUGGCUGUGAUGAGGGCCGGUGGAGCCUUUCUCAUGUUGGACCCGUCAUUGCCUCAAGUGCGGUUGCAAGGCAUGUGUAGCCUGCUGAGCAUUGAAGUUGCUUUGGCUCCAGGUCACUUGGCGAUCGCUGCUGCCAAACUCGCAUCGAGGGUGAUUGUAAUUGACGACGAGAACAUCCAGCGUCUUCAAUCACCCUUGCACAGUACAAACUCGUCUUCGAGUAUUGUACAACCACAAAAUGCUCUUUAUGCUGUGUACACAUCAGGCUCCACCGGGACCCCGAAGUGCAUUGUGAUCAGUCAUGCCUCAUAUUGCUCAAGCCAUAGGCAUUUCACAAAUGCUCUCAGGCUCGACUCCAACACUCGCCAUCUACAAUUUGCAUCAUAUACAUUCGACGUCAGUGUUCUUGAUCAUCUCUCCAUAUUGAUGGCAGGAGGUUGCAUCUGUACACCCUCUGAGACAGAUCGACAGUUCGAGACCGCCAAAGCAAUCAACGAUUUCCGUGUCAAUUCACUAAUGCUAACUCCCGCGGUGGCUCGUAUUCUGUCACCCACAUGUAUUCCGACAGUCAGAACCCUCAUGCUAAUAGGCGAAACAGUAUUGCCUUCCGACCUUGGUACAUGGUAUGGCCAUGUGCGCCUGCUUAAUGUUUACGGGCCAGCGGAAUGCACCGUUUUGACAACCACUCAUGUUUUCGAAAACGACACCGACUCUCGUAUCAUUGGCUCCAGUACUGUGGCAAAUUGCUGGAUUGUGGAUCGAGACAAUAUACAAAAGUUGGCACCUGUCGGAGCAAUUGGGGAGCUUUUGAUCGAGGGCCCCAUUGUAGGACGCGGUUAUGUGGAUAAUGAGGUCCAAACACGACUUCAUUUCAUUCCCCCUCCUCAAUGGCGUCUCUCAUUUCCCGGGGCAGAUCCAGAUGGUACAAUUUAUUGUACUGGAGACUUGGUGCAGUAUGUAGCAGAUGGCUUGAUCCGGUAUAUCGGCAGAAAGGAUAGUCAAGUAAAGCUUCAUGGGCAGCGACUUGAACUCGGCGAAGUGGAACACCAUAUCCGCAAAGCCUUGCUGGGGACUGGAUACGGAGUGGUAGCAGAUCUGAUUCGUCCAAGAGACAAUGUCAAAGGCCCUCUCUUGGCCGGGUUUAUCCAGGGAUUCAUUCCGCAAAAGCCUGAGGGGCCCAGCGCUCACGAUCUUUUUGCAACCCCGUGUAAUGAAUUUCGGCAUUUGGCAGAGCACAUCCAAGAGCAUCUGUCAGAACAUCUUCCGCGGUAUAUGAUUCCGGCGGUCAUGAUUCCGCUGAAGCGCAUCCCAAGAAACAGUUCAGGAAAGGCCGACAAGCGACUGCUACGAGAUGCUGCAUCAGAGUUCACUCGAAGUGAACUGGAUGAUUUCAUCAGUGUUCAAACCGACAGAAAGCUUCCGAGCUCUGCGGAAGAAAAGAAAUUGUGUCAAGUGGUAGAAAAGGUUCUCGGCGUCAAGAUGGUUGGAUUGAACGAUAACUUUUUCAGUCUCGGAGGUGACUCUCUCCAGGCCAUGCAGCUAGUUCGUGCCAUAUCAGAGGUCGGACUUGAUUUGUCUGGCGCGGAUGUCUUGAAAUCGACGGCACUUGCGGAUUUAGCAACCAAAGUGAGGCCGAAACGCCGGAGGAGCGAGACGAUACAUCCAUUUGCGUUAGUCAGGCCCAUUAGCUCUCAAAAGAGCGUACUCCGGACCGUCCAAAAAGCCUGUAACCUUGCAUCGGUCGACGAAAUUGAAGAUAUUUACCCAUGCACCCCAUUACAGGAGGCCAUGGUCGCUCUUUCUGCGAAAAGAUCAGUUGUGACAUAUGUCACCCGUUUUGUCUCUCGGUUACCGCCCAACAUCAAUCUUGGCCGACUCCAAAAGGCUUGGGAUGCAGUAUACACGAAAAUCCCAAUCUUGCGGACUCGAAUUGUUCACUCUGAACAGAGUGCAUGGCAGGUUGUUGUUUCUACUUCCAUCGCCUGGCGCCGCGAAGAGACACUCGAUACCUAUGUCCAACAGGAUACUGGCAAGUCCUUUCAACCGGGUGAUCCAUUGAUACGCUUGGGCAUUGUGAGUGCAGGUAGCAUAGAUUACUUUAUCUUCACAAUCCAUCAUGCCCUUUACGAUGGGUUUUCAUUGCCGAGAAUCUUACGGGCUAUUGACUGCGCCUAUCUUGGUCAGACAAUACCGCGAUGGGAGCCGUUCAACAAAUUCGUUAUGUACUUGGCAAGUCUUGAUUAUCAGAAGGCCGAGACUUUCUGGAGAGCAGAACUGGCCGGAUUCUCAGGGGUAUUAUUCCCAAGCCCUUCGUCUGUUGACCAUCACCCGAUCGACAUGAUGACAAAGACACAAUCUGCCUCCCUACAUGUACCCAGUGCUGUCGCGGUAACAAUGACAACGGCCAUUCAAUUCGCAUGGGCGCUCACCCUUGCUCAGUACGCUGACUCGGACGAUAUCGUGUUUGGCGUAACACUCUCGGGGCGGAAUGCGGCCGUGGAUGGAAUUGAUGAGAUUAUGGGCCCGACCCUUACGACUCUCCCGCUGCGAGUGAAGUUAGAUGGCCGAAUGAAAGCCGGCGAUGCGCUCCGAAAGCUUCAGCAAGACAGAGCUGCAACCUUACCUUUUGAGCAUUUCGGACUCUCCAGAAUUGCAUCGCUUGGGGGCGGUGCGGCACUUGCUUGUCGAUUCCAAAGUCUGUUAAUUGUUCAACCCAACAGCAAUGACAUGGCGCCGUCUACCAUAUUCGGGAGUCAAGUAGACCAAUCGCCUGUUGAGAUAGUUGACAAUUACAUUUUGAUGUUGGAGGUGAAGCUCAACAAAGGAAAUUCCACACUGCUUGAAGCUACAUUCGAUCCCGCAGUUGUUGAUGAACUCAUGGUAGAGGGAAUCCUCCGACAAUUUGUACACAACAUGAAUGAGAUUACCAACCAUCCUGAGAUCAGUUUGCAGGAAAUGGUCCCCAUCAAUACCGAGGAUUUUCAGACGAUCAGAGCCUGGAAUCUACACCUUCCAUCCGAGGUCGAUAUCUGCAUCCAUGAAUACAUUCGGCAAUUUUCGGAAACGAACCCCACAGCGCCAGCUGUUGCUGCAUGGGAUGGGAAACUAUCCUACGAAGAACUGGAAGUCUUUUCAGAUAAUCUGGCUGCCCAUGUUCAGGAGCUUGGUGUCACUCGUAAUGCAUAUGUUGGGAUCUACCUAGGCAGGUCGAUGUGGACUGUGGUGUCAAUGCUUGGUGUCAUGAAAGCUGGUGCUACGUUUCUACUGCUGGAUGUCUCUUUGCCACUUUCUCGGCUUCGACAACAAUGCCAGGAUACGCGUCCAGUUCUCGUCAUCUCUUCUGACGAGCACAUGGCCAAUGCCUCUUCUCUGGAUCUCAGAGUACUCAACAUCGCUGAGCAUAGAAAAGGCUGGCAGGAGAUUCGCCAUAUCUGUUCCACCUUCGUGACUCCUGCAGACCCCGUUUAUAUAGUUUUCACAUCUGGGUCCACUGGAAGGCCAAAGGGGGUGGUAAUCGAGCACCGAGCUUUCUUGACGUCGGCCAUAAAAAACGGAUCCGAGCAAGGUGUGGAUUCAACCUCACGUGUCAUUCAAUUGUCAUCCUUCACGUUUGACGCUUCAAUUGCUGAUAUCCUCUAUCCCUUAAUCCAUGGAGGUUGCGUCUGUAUGCCCACCGACAUCGAUGCGCGCAACAACAUUGAAAAUGCUUUCAACGAAUUUGAUGUGAAUUGGGCUUCCUGUACGCCAUCGUUGGCUCGCGUGCUUGAUCCGUCCAAAAUGCCUACUCUGCGCACCUUGGUCUUAGGCGGGGAAGCACUUAAGAUGCAGGACGUCCACAUGUGGGCAGGUCGGAUUCGUCUCGUCAACAGUUACGGCCCCGCGGAAUGCUCCGUAGACUCUAUUGUGCAACCGGAUGUUACAGGACAAUCGGACCCUAGAAAUAUCGGCCGAGGUGUUGCUGUCGUCCCUUGGAUUCUGUCUUCUCGGAAAUCAAAACAUCUGGCUCCUAUUGGAGCAGUUGGUGAGCUCGUCCUUGAAGGUCCAACUUUGGCUAGAUGUUAUCUCAACGAUCCAAAGAGCACUGCAUCUUCUUUUAUUGAAUACCCAGAAUGGCUGUCUCGCCUACGCAGUGGUCGACCGGGCCGUCUGUACUGCACGGGUGACAUGGUUCAGUAUAGUCCCCAGAGAGAUGGAUCGUUGUGCUAUAUCGGACGGCGCGAUAACCAGGUUAAGCUGCAUGGACAGCGGCUUGAGCUGGGUGAGGUUGAGCAGCAUCUGAUGAAUUGUCUGCCUGAUACUCGAGAGAUCGUAGUCGAUCUAAUUACGCCAUUAGAUGGUGGCACACAUCCUGUCCUCGCAGCCUUUAUGGUGCCAGCAGCAGCAUCAGCUGAUCAACUCGACAAACAACAGUCAUCAUCCCUGUCCCCUUCAAAUGGCACAACACGACUGUCUAAUCACGAUCUUUGGACCCGCGCAAGUGAUGGAUUCCACGAGCAAAUCAGAUCUACGCAGACUCUGCUACGAUCUCGCAUCCCGGGCUACAUGAUCCCGACCGUGUUCCUUACCCUGGAGUCAAUGCCCCUGACUUUGUCAGGCAAGAUUGAUCGUCGACGGCUCAAAGAAGAAUCGGCAAAGCUAUCUCGCAAGACACUAAGAGAUCUCACACCAUCAACAUCAUCUGAGGAUGGUCCACUGGGACAGGUGGAGACGAUUUUGCGAACAGCCGUUGCCGCAAUCCUAAAACUGCCAGUCACAGAAGUAGGCAUGCAGGAUAAUUUUGUCCACCUUGGAGGCGACUCGAUAUCGGCUAUAAGACUAGUGAGCACUUUGAAAGAAUCCGGAUUGGCAAUACUUGGCGCGGAGAUACUAAGUUGUCCAUCCCUGCGGGCAAUGGUCAACGUUCUUCGUCCAAAUACCGACAAACAGGCCACUACACAUCUGCCAUUUUCGCUUCUACCAGAUUCCUCUCGAUUCAGCAUUCUGCAUAUUGCAGCUAACCAGUGCAAUGUGGACAGUUCCUAUAUAGAGGAUAUUUAUCCGGUAUCCCCGAUGCAGGAGGCACUUCUAGCUCUGACUCUGAGACAGCCUCAUGCAUAUAUUGCCCAGCUCGUUUGGGAUAUUCCCGAGGGCACGGAAAUUUGUCGCCUUCGAACUGCCUGGGAAGCUGUCUUUCGGGCCAACCCAAUUCUACGAACUCGUUUUGUUAAUCAUGGCUACACUCUAUACCAAACAGUUCUUUGCUGUCCCUUUGAAUGGUCACAAGAUGCUGAACCUUUGGAAGUUUGCUUGGGCGGCACUCUGGCUAAGAUAGCCAUUUCCAAUGUCGACCAAAGAUGCCAGCUCCGGCUUUUAAUUCAUCAUGCUCUCUAUGAUGGGUUGUCGCUCCCUCUUCUAUUACAACAAGUCGAGGCCGCAUAUGGCGGAGCGUUGCUCCCUACGCGGCCGUUUGCCCCAUUUGUGGCCUAUACGAUCGGACUCGAUCAUACUGCUAGCCAAAGAUUCUGGGAAUCCGAGUUCAAAGAUUUGACGCCAGGAACAGCUUUCCCAUCCAGGGCUGAUCCAACUGCUAUGUCAUCUCGGAUGUCUUCAUCUCACACAGCACAUUUCAAUGAUCAGAAAACUUCCAAGUUCACCAUGCCCACGAUGAUUCAUCUUGCUUUCUCCAUCCUUCUGGGUCAAUAUAUACUCUCUGAAGAUGUCAUUUAUGGACUGACUCUUUCUGGGCGAAAUACACCCAUUGCGAACAUUGAGAAUAUUAGUGGGCCAACCAUCACCACAAUACCCUUCCGCGUUCAGCUUUCCCUGAAUUCCACCAUUUGCAACAGCCUAAAAUCGAUUCAAGAGCAUUUGUCCAAUGUUAUUCCCUUUGAACAAACCGGAUUGCAGAGGAUUCGAUCUUUUAACUCAGAGACUGAAGCAGCAUGCAACUUUCAGACCCAGUUGGUUAUUCAAACGACACACGAAGCCUCCCACGAAGCACAAUCACCCGUAUUUCAAGAGCCUCCUAUCCAGAGUGACGAAUACUCAAAAUUUGCCUCCUGUCCUUUCUUAUUGAUAUGCACGGUGCAUCCAGGUGAACGAAAUGUUGACCUGACGUGUAACUUUGAUACGUCACAGGUGACCUAUGAUCAGUCUGUCGCACUCUUACGACAACUAGAUCAUAUCCUUCAGCAAAUUUAUCAUGACCAAAACCAGAAGGUCUCAGAGCUCGAAAUCCUCAGUCCACACGACUGGGAUCGGAUCAAAAGUCGAAAUGCCAUCGUCCCCGAAAGAGAAGGUCAACUUGUGCACAAUAAUGUUUUUGCAAAUUGCCAAUUCCGCCCAAACAAGAUAGCUAUCGAUUCAUGGGAUGGGAAAUUCUCUUACAAAGACUUGGAAACUUAUGCCAUGCAGUAUGCUGGCAUCAUUUACAGAAUGCAUCCUGGAAAAGGCCAUACGGUGGCCGUUUGUAUGGAGAAGUCUCGAUGGACCAUUGUGGCCAUUUUGGCCGUCCUUCAAGCAGGAUGUACAUGCGUACUGAUUGACCCAAGCCACCCAUCGGACCGAAUUAACUCUCUCCUUAUUGACGCUUCCGCUACAAUUUUGCUUGUCUCGGAUGUCACACGGGCUGCGGUCGAGCUGUCAAGUUCACAAAUCAUUGUGGUGUCUCAAUCAAUGCCUGUGACUCCCCCGCAAUCACCGAUAAAUUUCUGUGAGCCCGACUCACGAGACCCUGCCUUCAUUUUCUUUACAUCAGGAAGUACAGGAAAGCCCAAGGCAAUAGUACUGAGUCACUCUGCCGUUUCGACUGGUAUACGUGACCUUCACCUCCCCAUGAGACUUGACCAGGCGCGAAAGGUACUACAUUUUGCUUCUUAUGCAUUUGAUGCAAGCAUAUGGGAAAUCUUUGCAUGCUUAUCAUCUGGGCUAUGUCUCUGCAUCCCUGCUGAUACAGAACGCGCCUCCAAUCUCACUGGCUUUAUCCAAUGUCAUGGAAUUGAUUGGGCAUUUCUCACCCCAUCCGCCACAAUUCUGUUGCAGCCGGAGAAUGUCCAGUGCCUUGAGACCCUUGUAAUUGGAGGUGAACCAUUGUCCACAACCGUUUAUGAGAAAUGGGCUGACCGAUUGUCCUUAAUUAAUGCGUAUGGCCCGGCCGAGUGCACUUUCGUUGUCGCAGCUGGUCAAUUACCUACGAAAGGCUGGACCCGUGGCACCAUCGGUCCAGUCAUCAACGGACUAGGCUGGAUCACGAGCCCUUCUCAGCCCUCAAAAUUAGCUGCCUGGGGUGCUAUUGGAGAGUUCCUGGUUGAAGGACCAACACUUGCCACGGAGUAUAUGAAUGACACCGAGAAGACCGCGGCAGCCUUCAUACCCGGCCCUCCCUGGCUCUCUCAUCUGCGUGGAAAUGACCAGUCUCGCCUUUAUCGCACAGGUGACCUUGUUCGAUACACAGACGAUGGUAUGAUCCAGUUCAUCGGACGACGCGACCGUCAAGUCAAAGUCAACGGUCAGCGCAUUGAGCUUGCAGAUAUCGAAACCCAUCUGAUCCGGUCUUUUCAACCUGGAACAACGGUUGCUGUGGAAUUGAUUCAACCAAAAUUAUCUUCAUCAGCGGCUAGCCCACGUCUCUGUGCAUUUAUUUGCCUCGGGCUCGAUAGCACACCUAGACCAAACAACCCACGCCAGGGAGUGUUGGCGGAAGUCUCGGAAGAAUUUCGUGAUCUCGCUCGGGCUUCAGUGACACGAAUUUCUGCGGAGCUUCCUCCCUACAUGGUUCCUAAUAUUUACAUUCCCCUGGACCAUAUGCCCGUCACACCAACUGGCAAAUUGGACAGGCUUCUGCUCCGUGAUUUAGCUACCACCAAUGAUCUUGGCAGCAUGAUGAUGAUGACGGAUUCCCCCACAGAGACGCGUCUACCUAGCACCCAGAUGGAGCAUUUGAUUGCCAGUCUGUGGUCCGAUAUACUAGGCCUCCAAUUAGAUACAAUCAGGACUGGUGAUAGUUUUUUUCACAGUGGUGGAGAUUCCGUGAUGGCAAUGAAGCUGUCAUCAGAGAUCCACCAACGAGGCCUUAUAUUGACCGUUGCGGAUAUUUUCACUCAUCCUAGACUGUCAGAAAUGGCAGGAAUAGCGAGAGUAUCAGCCCUGCAAAGCGGCACUGGAAAGACUAUUCGUCCAUUUGACUUGAUUCCGAUCACAGCCAAAGAUUCGGUUUUGGAAACUGCAGCGCAGCGUUGCUCAGUUGACCUCGCGCAUAUUGAAGACGUCUGUCCAUGCACAUCGCUACAGGAAGGAAUCACUUUUCUUUCAAUGAAACGCCCUGGGGCAUUUAUGGGAUCGUUCACAUACACCCUUGCCUUGGAUAUCGAUGUCUCGCGCUUUCGAUCAGCGUGGCAGGCUGUACUUAAAGCCAACUCAAUAUUGAGGAGCCGAAUCAUCCACACCGAUGCCCUCCUUCAGGUUGUGGUCCGUUAUGAGGAAGUCUGGGACAUAGUAGAGGACAUUGGCGAGUAUGUUGCGUCGUUCUCACAGCAAGGCUUCUCCCUGGGCCAGCCGCUUCUGCGUUUGGCCCAAACGAAGCCUAUCUCUGGACGCAAUGUCAAAUUCGGAUUCGUAAUUCAUCAUGCUCUGUAUGAUGGCUGGUCACUCCCCUUCGUUCUCAAUCAGGUAGAGAAAGCUUACGGAGGCCAGACGCUUCCUGAGUCCUCAUUCCGAUCAUUCGUUGGUCACAUCUUGACAGCCCAUUCGACAGAAACCCAAGAUUUUUGGAAAUCUCAACUUCAGAAUUUCGACGGACACAUGUUCCCUAGCCUACCAACCCCUGAUUUUGACCCCAUUGUGAACUCGACUGUGCAAGGUACAGUCCUGACUCAGAAAGUGCCAGGAUUCACGACAGCAAAUGUCAUACAACUAGCAUGGGCUUUGACACUGGCCGACUAUACUGGCUCAGAAGAUACGAUUUAUGGGCUGACCGUUUCUGGUCGAGAGGUUGAUGUGCCUGGUAUUGACCUUUUUACCGGCCCGACAAUCGCCACUGUGCCCUUCCGAUUUCACACAAGAAAAAAUGAGACAAUCAUCAAUGAAUUGAGCAGGCAGCAAGUCCAAUAUGUGAGCAUGCAUUCUUAUGAGCAUUUUGGCCUGCAGAAUAUUCGUCAACUCGGCGGUGAUGUAUCCGCAGCAUGCAGCUUCCAGAAUCUGCUGCUUAUCCAACCAUCUGCCAAAUCUGUUGCAUCUAAUCGGGCCAUUUGGACCGAAGACGAACAACCGCGAGUACCCGAAAACUUCGGCUCUUAUGCUCUUGAGGUCACCUGCGAGCUCUCAGCUGCCGAUAUAUCCAUUACCAUGGACUUUGAUUCACGUGUGUUGACACUGGAGCGGGCGCACCGAAUGAUGUCGCACUUCACGCACAAGAUAGGGCAAAUCCAGUCAGAACCCAUGAGUAAGAUCUCAUCCUUGAGCUCAUUGAGCCCAGAGGACCAUAAAAAGAUCAUGCAGCUCAAUGGUUCCCUUCCAGACCCUGUUAAUGGAUGUGUGCAUGACGGCAUUAUGCAAAAGUGUGCGGAGAUGCCAGACGCGCUGGCAGUCUGUGCAUGGGAUGGCCAAUUCACAUACGGAGAACUUGAGAAGCUAUCAACCCACCUUGCGGCGCAUCUUCAGGCUCUAGGUGUCAAGCCAGAGAUCUUGGUCCCAAUUCUCUCGGAAAAGUCUUGCUGGACGGCCAUUGCCAUAAUGGGGGUUAUCAAGGCCGGAGGUGCUGUUCUUCUUCUGGAUCCUAAGGUUCCAGAGGAACGAAUGCGCCACAUCUUACGAAGCAUUGGGGCCAAGCUUAUCAUUUCAUCUACUAGAUAUCUCUCUGUUGCCGUCACCUUGGCACCCGCGGCUAUGCCAGUUGGACCAGACCACUCCCCUGGAAACUGUGAUCAAGGCGCUUCUUGUGUUUCUGCAGUUACUCCUCAGAACGCUCUUUAUGCUAUCUUCACCUCUGGGUCCACUGGACGUCCUAAGGGAAUCAUCAUCGAGCAUGCCGCAUUCUUGACUAGUGGCCGAGCGCAGUUCCGGCCAUUGUACCUGGAUUCGCAAUCUCGCACCCUUCAAUUUGCAUCUCACAUGUUUGAUGUGAGCAUCGCGGAUUAUCUGUGGACAUUUCUGGUCGGCGGCUGUCUUUGCAUUGCUUCCGAAGAGGCUCUGCAAAAUGACCUUACCGGGGCUGUGAACCAAUUCCACGUCAACCGCAUCGAGUUGACUCCUUCUUUGGCACGUGUGCUACACCCAGACAGCAUGCCCACUCUCAAGACAGUAAUUCUAGGCGGCGAGGCCAUGUCGCAGGAUGACAUCCGGCAGUGGACUGGUAAAGUCCGUCUAGUGAACGGUUAUGGCCCAGCUGAAGCGUCUGUAUCCUGCAUCGUUGCCAAUGUGGAUGCUAAGUCGGAUCCGAGCAGAAUCGGACGGACUUAUGGUGCUAUUCCGUGGAUCGUUGAUCCAAACGACCACGAACGACUCCUUCCCAUUGGUGCCUCAGGGGAACUUCUCCUCGAAGGACCGAUACUGGCUCGGGGAUACCUGAACGAUGCCGAGAAGACUGCAGCUGCAUUCAUCGAGCCACCGCAAUGGCUGCGGUCCUUGCGUCCCACCUCCAGACUUUACAAGACUGGAGACUUGGUUCAAUAUGGGGCCGAUGGAGCCAUCCACUUCCGCGGUCGGAAGGAUACGCAAGUGAAGAUACGAGGCCAGAGAGUCGAACUGGGCGAAAUUGAACAUGAAAUUCGCAAUUGCAUUAAGGCCGAUGUCGUCGUCGAAAUGGUUUUGCCUGCAUACCGGAAGUCUGACCCACUUCUGAUGGCUUUCGUCCAUUAUCAGGAGUCAGUGGAGAUGGAAGGUGGGACUAGUCAACCGGCUCCCGAGAGCAGCAUUGAGCUAUUUGAUUGUGUCAAUGACCAGCAUCGUUUACGGGCACAGGAAUCAACAGAAGCGGUGAGAAAGAGACUUCCAUCUUACAUGGUGCCUCCUAUCUUCAUUCCCCUUGUCAGAAUGCCCGUUUCUACCAGCGGCAAAGCAGAUCGCCGUUUGCUGCGUCAGCAGGCGGCAUUGCUUUCCCGGGAGAAACUAGAAGCAUACAUGACUCGGAAAGAAAUUCAACAGCCACCAAAGACACCGGUUGAGCAGACACUUCACAGGAUUGUCGCCGACGUCCUUAGGCUUGAUGAUGGCAGUGGAUUUGGAAUGGAAGAUAAUUUCUUUUCGAUCGGCGGAGACUCCAUCAUUGCUAUUCAACUCGUCUCCAAGGCAAGCAAAGCGGGCUUUACCUUCAGAGUUACCGAUCUGUUUCGGACCCCGAAACUCUCCGAUUUGGCCAAACUCACUGCAGACAGUGAGAUGGAGAUAAAAUCCUCGACAGUCUCGUUCAGCCGGUACCUUGGGUUUGUAAAUGACAAGGACAUGAUCGACAAGAUCUGGUCGUCUCGGCCUGCAGCUCUCCAAAAAGAGAAUAUUGAUGAGAUAUAUCCUGUUCCCGAGUCUGUUGAGCGCAUGUGGUAUCAACCACCGGAGUAUUGGUGCAUCAACUUCGAAGGUCCAGUGGAUUAUGACAAGCUUCAGCAAGCCUGUACGGCAUUAGUCGAGAGACACAGUGUCCUCCGGACCGUUGUAGUCCCAUUCCAGGACAGCCUCGUUCAGAUUGUUCUCAGUCAGAUUGACACCUGCAUCCACAAUCAAGGUCUACGUCCCACACUUGAGAGCUUUGGGAAGGAGGUGCGUUGUCGUGAGAAUGUUGUCGCUCCAACGAUCGAGUAUCCGGUGACACAGUUUUCGUUUUCGCAUAAUGAUCAAGGGAAAGGCAUUCUCAUCGUCCGCCUCAGUCACGGACAGUUUGAUGGGUACAGCUUGGCAAUACUUUGGCAAGAUUUGAAAAGUUUGUACGAAGGGUCGUCUUUGCCGGAACCAGGCAAUAUGACUGAGCACAUCAAGCAUUGGGUGAUGGGCCAGCGGGGUGAGAGUUUCAACUUCUGGAAGAAUGUCCUUGAUGGAGCUGGAGUUUCCAGGAUUGACAAUGGGUCUUUCGGCCACGAAAACCAGGCGCCCUCCGAGCGAAGUACUCACGGCACUGUUACCGCCACGCGCUAUAUAAGGCUUGGGAACGCUUUGCCACAGUCUUUCACCCAGGCAACGCUUGGGAAGGCUGCUUGGGCUUUCCUCCUCUGGAAGCUCAGUGGUAAAUACAGCGUCGUGUUCGCGCAAACCGUUAACGGCCGGAGCCAAUCUUCAACGGAUGUCCCACAACCCGUCGGCAUGUGCCUCAAUCAUAUCCCCGUCCGAGCGAACUUUGAGAAUAUGCGCUCUGCUCUUCAUCUCAUGCAGAGUCUACAAGACCAACACCGCGACAGCCUGGAUCAUGAACUAGUUGAUUUCCGUCAGAUUGUUGAGAAAUGCACAUCCUGGCCUAGCGGGACAACCCACCAGAGCAAUUAUCUGCAUCAGAACAUUGAUCCCGACGUGCCAUUCAGCUUUGGCAAAACUCAAGCCCUGGUAACGUGCGAGUACGAGUGGCUCCAUCCUCCAGAUCAAAUAUUGGUGGAGACCUACCCGACCGACAAAGAAGGCGGACUCCGUGUGACGAUUGAUGCCUGGCAUGAUGUCCUCGAUCAAACAAGUCUCUCGGAUCUGUGGGCUGAGUGA